UUUCGGUAUCUAGGAAAGCCAUGAAACGAAACGGAAGUUGAUAUUUUAGUAUUACAAUAAAUCCGCGAAAAGCUACGCAAAAUAAGGGUGUUAGUCUUUUUAAAAUGAGUGAUGUUCAGGAAUACCCAGAUGUGGUUCAAGAAAUUAGAGGGGCGUUGAACCCUGGACGAUUGAAGCUUCAGAGAAACAGUAUUAUUUUCAAAAAUGUCAAAACAGGAAAGGUGGAUCAGUUUCAGAGCUCUGAUGUUGAUAAAGCUCAGUGGCUAAAAAGGGCUAGAGGUUUUUGUCUGAAAUUUAUUUUAACUAGUGGUGUGAUUCAUCGAUAUGAUGGUUUCAAAGAUGGGGAAUUUGAGAAGUUAGCUAAAUUCAUUUCCAGCUACUAUUCUGUGAGCCUUGAGAAAAUUGACUUAUCCUUGAAAGGUUGGAAUUGGGGUUCAGCUGACUUUGAAGGAAAUUCCCUCAAUUUCAAAAUAGAAAAUGUACUUGCUUUUGAAAUACCUCUUACAAAUGUGAUGAACGCAACAACAUCAAAAAAUGAGGUUGCCAUUGAAUUCCAUCAAAAUGAUGAUUCAGCUGUAUCUUUGAUGGAAGUGAGAUUUCACAUUCCGCCUGUGGCAGACACAGAAAUAGAUCCUGUUGUGGAGUUCCAUAAAAAUGUCAUGGAGAAUGCAAGCAUCAUUCAAAUCAGUGGCGAGAGUAUUUGUACAUUAUCUGAAGUCCAGUGUCUUACACCCAGAGGACGAUACGACCUCAAGUUAUUUCCAGGAUUUUUGCAGCUUCAUGGUAAAACAUUUGAUUACAAGAUUCCGUACCAGACAAUACUCCGGCUCUUUCUCCUUCCCCACAAAGAUGGCAGACAGAUGUAUUUUGUUGUUAGCUUAGACCCACCCAUCAAACAGGGACAAACCAGAUAUCACUUUUUGAUUCUGUUAUUCAAUAAAGAAGAUGUGCUUCAGUUGGAUUUAAAUUUAUCAGAGGAAGAUAUUAAAAGCAAAUAUGAGGAUAAGCUUCAGAAGGAAAUGAAUGGACUUGAAUUUGAAGUGGUCAGUAAAGUAUUCAAGGCUAUCACAGGCAGAAAGAUCACAGUACCAGGCAGCUUUAUGGGCCAUUCUGGAGCCCAAGCAGUGAGCUGUUCCUACAAGGCAGCAACAGGUCUCUUGUACCCAUUGGAGCGAGGGUUUAUAUUUGUCCACAAGCCUCCCCUUCACAUCAGGUUUGACGAGGUGGCCAAUGUGAACUUUGCUAGGAGUGCUGGCAGCACCAGGUCGUUUGACUUUGAGGUGGACACUAAUGCCGGGGCCACGUUUACUUUUGUUGGUGUGGAAAAAGAUGAAUAUGGUAAGCUGUAUGACUUUGUUAAAAGCAAAAAUCUGAGAGUCAAGAAUAUUGGAGACAAAGGGAGCAAAAAUCCAUCAUACAAUGAGAUGUCUGACAGUGAUGCUGAAGGAGCUGACCAUGAUGCUUACUUAGAAAGAAUGAAGGCAGAGGGCAAGGACAGAGAUGAUGAUGACAGCGACGACAGCUCAGAUGAAUCCUUCAAUCCAGGAGAGAGUGGUAGUGAAGUUGCAGAAGAGUAUGACAGUAACCCACCCACCACGUCAGAUUCUGACUCAGAUUCAGAUUAUAGUGGUGGCAGCAGUGACGGGCAGGCAGUUGGGUCAGAUGCAGAGGAAAGGAGGCGUGUUAGGGAAGAGAAGAAGAAAGAAAAAGAACAGAAGAAAAAAGAAAAGGAAGAGAGGAAAAAAGAACAGAAGAAAGAACAGAAGAAAGAACCAAAGACAAAGACAGUUAAAGAAGGAAGCACACGCAAGAGAAAAAGUACGAAAGGUAAAGACAAAGACCCCAAUAGGCCUAAGAGACCGCAGUCUGCUUACUUUAUUUGGCUCAAUGAGCACAGGGAACAGAUCAAGGAAGAGAACCCUGGUAUUUCCAUUACAGAUCUUUCUAAGAAAGCAGGAGAGAUGUGGAAGGAAGUUACUGAUAAAACUGAGUGGGAUGAAAAAGCUAAAGAAGCAAAAGCUGAGUACCAGAAGGCUAUGGAGGAGUACAACAAAAACAAGCCUUCUGACAGUGAACCUGACGAGGAAGAUUCUAAACCUGCCAAAACUAAAGCCAAAUCAUCACCUAAGAAAAAGGCUGACACAAGCACAAGUGGGGGUGGAGGAGGUGCAGGCUUCAAGAGCAAGGAAUAUAUUUCAAGUUCUGGUAGCGAUUCAAGCAGCUCAGAGGGAAGUGACAAACCCUUGAAAAAAAUAGCCAAAAAAAGUAAAAAGCCGGAGAGCCCUGCCAAAUCUGAGGUAGAAUCAGAGAAGUCUGCUAAAGGCUCUGAUGCAGAGUCAGCUAAAGGUUCAGAUGCGGAGUCAGAGAAAGCGGCUAGUGAGGAUGAGGAGAAAAAAGAAGAAUCAGGUUCAGCUGCCUCGUCAGCAAAAGAAGAUUCCGGCUCCGAGUAAAAUUCUCCACAUGUACAGCUGUAUAUAACUUGUUACUUUGCCACAGAAAUGUCAACUUGCUGGUUAUGCAUAAAAUCUAUAUUCAUUUCUCAAAAAAGUUGUCCAUUACUUAAGAAAUGUAUGUCAAUGAAGGGACAUAUGAGUUACAGUGUUGUUUGUGAUCAUACACACUAUUGAUGACUGGGCAUUAGUUUCUUGGUCAAAUUUUUACACUGAUUUUCUGUUGUGACACAUGCUUGUUCUAAGAAUUGUUGUAAGACACUUGUGUGUAUUUGAUAGUGACACCAGAAAUAAAAGAUUAUUUACG